AUGGCAAGCCUCUUUACUACCGUGGUGUUUAUCGCCGCCGUUCGGGCCUUGGCUCUCGAUGGGAGACUACCCCAGCAAACCAAGGCUCUCGAACCGAAUCCAACCUUCAGCCUGCCCGAGGUCACGGAGCCGCCGAGUCUCAAGGGGCUUGUCAAGAGACAGAACGGACAGACGGUUCUGAUAGGACCAGAUAACACGUGCGGUUUCGUCAGCGGCCGACCUGGGGCUGCAUUUACUUGCAAUGGUAGGAGCGCAACCUGCGCCCUUGUUACAACAUCGACGUACGGCAGAGUCGCUUGCUGUAACGGCGGUAGUUGCGGAAUUCGCGCUACGUGUAUCGACUAUAGAGACUAUGUGCUGUCGAGCGCGUGCGACAACGGAUGUGCUGCGGACACUUACACUGUCAAGUGUACCAACAUCGCGACCCCCUAUUGCGGCACGGUCACCUUCUUCAGUGGCAUCAUCGACUACUACUGCGACACGUCAAGCUAUUCGACGCCGCAGCAGAUUUAUACAACUUGGAGUGGCGAGAACGACGGCCGAAUGUUUACCCCCGUUGUCGUUAAUCUAGACGAGUCGAUCACGACCCUUACGACCCCAUUGCCCGGUGGUGGCAGCAACAGCGAUGGAGAAAGCUCGUCGAGCACCGCUCCUCCAGUCCCAACGCUACCUGGGGACAACUCCGGAAGCUCUGGCUCCUCGGGUUCAUCCACGAAUAUUGGUGCAAUUGUCGGUGGUGUUGUGGGAGGAGUUGCCGGGCUCGCCUUGAUCGGGCUGGGCAUCUUUUUCCUAGUGCGUUACUCGAAGAAAAAGGAUAACGCCCCGCCGCAACAGCUUGCUCUCCCGAUGGCGCAAGCACCUGGACCCGACGUCCCCCCAGGGCCUGGUGGUUUCCAGCAGUCCUACAAUCCACACUACAGCCAGCCAUAUCCGCCGUCCUACCCACCGCAGCCGUCAUACUACACCGACCCGACCAAGCCCGGCGGCCUCGCUGCCGCGCCCGCCCAGCUACCGGAUAGGAACGGCUCCACGAGCCCCCUCUCCCAGCACACGGACAAUCGACAGAGCGCGCAACCGACGAGCCCAACCUCGACCAUCAACUCCGGCUGGCAGCAGCAUCCGCCACAAGCCGCCCCCUACUCGGGCCAGCCCUCUCCCAACAUUCCACCGACGGUACAUGAGGCUGGCGGCAACGCCGUUGGUGUGCGCGACUACAACGCGAACCAUCACGGCCAGCUCCACGAGCUGAGCUAA